CCAACCCGACUCCACUGUUUUUGGUCCAACUCCAGCAGAACAUAAAGAGCUGGGUGGAGACUGGGCUUAUGUAAGAACCCUGGACCCAGGGUUCUGUUGACACUUGAAGGCUUUCUGGGAUCAUGGCUGCAAGACUCUGUGGAGCCCUGCUCAUAGUAUUUCUCUAUGGACUGGAUGCAUACAGUAACAGACCGGCUGUAAACCAGGAGUUAUCCAACCUUUUCAACGAGCUCUGGAGGCUGGAUGGGAAUCGAAUGAAGCCUGGGGCGGAUUACAACAUCUCUGUCCAAGGCAGAGCAGGGUUUGUGAGCCCCGGCAGCCUCCUGGUUCAGGAUCACGCCUCUCUGCCUCUCUUCUCCAGUGUGGACGAGAUCAAACUGAGAAACUCCACCACCUUCUCUCGGUUCAUGACUCUCCUGGACAACUACGAGCGGUCUACAGGGGUCUCAGAGCGAGUCACCUCAGAGGAGCUGACAGAAAUCAGUUUGUUCCUGGAUGCUGUUCUGCAGACUGACGUCAUGAAGCGAGCUCAUCAGUACCUGGUGAGCAAAAGACAGUCCAGCUCUGAUCUGAGGCUGUUCAAGAACCAGCUCAACUUGAUCUGGUUCCACCUUUACCGCCGGCAGAGAAACAGCGGCAUGGACUCCUGUGGAUUCGAACAUGUCUUUGUUGGUGAAACCAAGUCCGGAACAGAAAUAAUCGGCUUUCACAACUGGAUUCAGUUCUACCUGCAAGAGAAGAACAACCACCUGGACUACAAAGGGUACAAAGCCAGAGACCACGACUUGCCCGAUCAGGACGACCACGUUCUGAACCUGCAGUUCAGCUGGCACAAUCUGGUGAAYCCCGUCGGCAGCGCCUUCAUCGGGACCAGCCCCGAGUUUGAGAUGGCCCUGUUCACCGUCAUCUUCCUCAUGAGCACAGAGAGGAGCUCCACAGUGCUGGUGAACAUCGACCAGUGCCAGGUGGAGCUGGUGGUCAUCAGGCAGGGUCGCUCUCUUGGGACGGCGUACCCCAAACUGCUGAGCAGCAACAGCAGACACGUCAGGCCYCCCUCACACUGACUCCAUCCACACUCCGUACAACGUGACCCACAUCUUUGUUUGAAGGCACAUAUAAAACUAAAAAAAAUUGUUUUUAUCAGCAUACUGUUUAUUAACUUACUUGUACAGGUGCUGCUGAAAAAUCCCUCCAAAGUGUYAAACUAAUACAGUAAAAAUUCACAUUUUUUAAAAUGUUUUUAUGUCAAAAUAAAACUAUUAACUGAACAA